CCGUCGCAUGCUAACGCUCUGCCUGUAGUUUAUCCGUCUGCUGCCCGUAACAAAAACUGGCCUGGAGAGAAAAAAAGCUUCAGGGAAAAACAAAAUCAACACUUCCCCCCUGAAAAGGAAAUCAGAACAAGGUGAAGGCUUUGAAAAGAGGACAAACAAGAUGCUUAGACAAUUCACUCCCCGCCCAUGUGUGCUGAGAAGCAUUUCUCAGACGCAAUUCAGGGCGAUUUCCAAAGCUGCCGGCGAAGUUGUUCAGAAACAGGAAGAGCACGGAGAGUUGCCUAAGGAGCUCAUCAGCGGAGCACCACUGGAGCUGAUCACCGAGAGGGUUGUUAGAAUCUUCAAGGAUGCUAAGCCAGCUACCCAGAGCGGUAACUGGGGACAGCACUUCUGGAAGCUUGACUGGGACGUGCUUGGUAAGGGCAACCGUUGGGAGAACGAUCUCAUUGGUUACCAGUCGUCCGGUGAUUACAUGCAAGGAACCAUCAUGAAGUUUGAUACAAAGGAGGCUGCCAUCAAGUUUGCACAAGGCCAAGGCUGGAGUUUUAUUGUUGAGGAGCCAAACGUGAGAAGAUUCAAGCAAAAGGACUACUCCAGAAACUUCUACCAUUCUAAGGGCAAGUUGAAACACGUCAGAACCAAAUGAUGUGAGAUGUUAUUCACCCCGACACAUUUAUUUAUUCUUCCACUUAUUUAUUACACCGUUCUUUAUAUAUAUAACAGAAAACAUUGUUUAAACCAGUC